AUGUCAUCUGGCGUUCGGAGUCGGAGUCCCAGUCUGGAGGAUAACGAUAGGAAGAAGUUUCGCACAAGGCUUCUGAAUAUUGAUUCAAACCUUGGAGACUCAGAGGUGGAAAAAUUAAAGUUUCUCUGCCAAGACUUCAUCUCCUACAGGAAGCUGGAGAAGGCCUGCUCGGCCUCGGAUAUUUUUGAGGAUCUCAUGACCAAGGACCUGCUGAAUGAGAAAGACCCCUUCCUCCUGGUGGAACUGCUCUACAUCAUGAAGCAGAACUCAUUGCUGAAGCACCUCAACUACACCAAAGAGCAAGUGAAAGCCCUGCUGCCCACCCAGAAGAAGGUGUCCCCAUACAGAAACCUGCUCUAUGAACUCUCAGAAGACAUCGACUCAGAGAGCUUGAAGAAAAUGAUCUUCCUUCUGAAGGAGUCCUUACCCAAAGUCGAGACGCCGACCUCGCUAAGUUUCCUGGCACAUCUGGAGAAACAAGCUAAAAUACAUGUAGAUGAUCUGACGUUGCUGGAGGAUCUCUGCAAAAAUGUCUUACCUCAUCUUGUGAGAAAGAUAGAAAAAUACAAAAGAGAGAAAGAAGCUGAGCAAAAAGAAAAAGAACUACUUUCUGCUUCAGACAUUAAUCAAAUCCGUCAAGCCUUACCAUUCCUCUUUCCUCAACAUGAGGGGACUUGUCAAGAUAUGCCUGCAAGGAGUAAUGUAACCCUGGUCUCUACGGCGAUGUUGGGACUAUCUGGUUGCAGUCUAACUUCUGAAACCAGCACAAAGGAUGGAACUGUGUACAGGAUGAAUCGUAAACACAGAGGCUACUGUGUUGUUAUCAACAACCAGAACUUUACCUCACUGUUGAAAAGAGAAGGGACUAACAAAGAUGCUGAGUGCCUGAAGCAUGUGUUUCAGUGGCUUGGAUUCAACGUAGAUAUACGGAAUGAUGUAACUAAAGAAUGCCUGGAGGAAGUUCUACAAAAAUAUCAGAGUCAUCCAGACCAUGCCAACGGAGACUGCUUUGUGUUCUGUGUUCUGACCCACGGGAAAUUUGGAGCUAUCUACUCUUCAGAUGAUGCCCUCAUUCCUAUUCAGGAGAUCAUGUCUCACUUCACAGCCCAGCAGUGCCCCGGUCUGGUUAACAAACCCAAACUCUUUUUCAUCCAGGCCUGUCAAGGCAAGGAGAUACAAUCUUCUGUGCUUAUUGAAGCAGAUGCUAUAAAUCCUGAAUUAAUACUGCCUUCCCUUGAGGACAGUAUUCCAAAUGAAGCAGACUUCCUUCUUGGCCUGUCCACUGUCCCUGGCUACGUAUCCUUUCGUCACAGGAGAGAAGGGAGCUGGUAUAUUCAAUCUCUGUAUAACCAUUUGAAGGACUUGGUCCCAAGAGGUGAAGAUAUCUUAUCCAUCCUCACUGCUGUCAAUAAUGAUGUGGGCCGACGAGGACCAAAGAAACAAAUCCCUCAACCUGUCUUCACACUGCGUAAAAAAGUCAUCUUCCCUGUGCCCCAGCAAGAACUCCCAGAGAGAGUUUCCACUGACCCUUAG